ACGGAGAAAAUGAAACCAUCCAGGACGAAGAAGGAGAAUGCUCCAAAUUUGUUAAUAGAAAUAAUAAUUUUGAAGUUAAAAACAGAGAUAAAAAGGAUAUCUAUAAUACAGAAAUGUUUGAAUUUUGA